AUGUCAUUCAAACGUGUAUGUGAUGGACCAGGAAAUGAUUUACUCAAAAGUCUUGAGUCACAAAGGAUCAGGCAAUUAUUAGGCAUACAAAUACCAGAAGGUGAAGCUAAAUUGUUGUCUAAUGGAAAAUUGACUUGUAUGAUUUGUAUUCAAAGACCAAUUUUUGAUACUAUUAAUAUGCUUUCAAUUCAUAGAAAGGGGAAAAAACACUUAAAUGAACUCAGUAAAUAUUUGCAAAGGAAAGAAGAAUUAGAGUUGAUGAAAAUUAAACAACAGCAAAAACAGAACAUACAAUCAUUUGGUGCUAUAAAAAAUCUUGUUGGUCCUACUGAACGUAAAAAAAAAUUAGAAUUUCCAGAAAAUGAUAUGCCUCAAGAAUCUGCAAUUGUAUCACGUUACAUUUCUUCAAUGAAAAAAAAACCAUCAUUACAACAAGUUAUAAAUCGUGCUAAACAACAUUCAUAUAAACCAUUUAUAUCUCAUUUAAAUACAACUAUUUCACAAAGUAGUCCAUUUACCAAUCAAGUUUCUACUAGUAGAAAAACAAUUGAAAUCGGUUGGAUAAAAAAUUCUGAUGGAUCAUGGUCUAAGGAUCCACAAGCUGAAUUUGAUUCUGAUGAUGACUGAUUUUUGUGCACAUAUAGUAUAGUGAAAUACUAUACCAAAACAAAUAACAUCUAUUGCUGAGAAGUCUUCCAAUACAAAAUUACCACUCAU